UAGCUUAGGCCCUGCUUCCAGAAAGGCCAUAGUGCACUUUUAUAUAAAUCCAGGAUUGUUGUUUUCAAUAAACCAUCAGGGACAUUUUCCUGUGUCGAUGCUGCAGAACCUUUUUUAAAAGUUGGGAUACAGUCUGCAUUCUGUCAGAAAUGUGUACUGUUGAGUAGUUCUUUAGUACAUUCACAAAGUUGUGCAGCCAUCACAAUAAUCUAGUUCCAGAACAUUCCAUCACCCCAAAAUGAGCUCUUUGUCCAUUAGCAUCACCUCUCAAUCUCUCCCCCAGCCCCUGGGAUCUACUAUCGCAUCUUUUUCUUUUUCUUUUUUUUUUUAACAGUUUUAUUGGGAUUACGAUUCAUAUACGUACAGUUCACCCAUUUGAAGUGUAUAAUUGAAUACUUUGUAGCAUAUUCACAGACAGGUGAAUCCUCCACAUUUCCCUCACCCCAAAAGAGCCCCAGGCCCUUAAUCAUCAGUGCCUUGUACCCCCAACCACUUACCUGUGCUUCGUGUCUAUUUGCUGUUCUCAUGUAGCAUGGCGGGGGCAGGGGGGACUGGAGGCAGAGAAAGGCUGGCAAGUUUGAUGGGGUUCUCUCCUUCCUCUGUGGCCUUAUCUGACCCCGGUUCCUUCCUGCUGUCCUGGGCAUGUAGGCUCAGUGUGCGCAUGAGCCAGCACAGCAUGAUGGAAAAGUGCAUCAUCCUGAAGGCAAGAGUCAGGGGCUCUGUGUGCUGGGCUCCUGGUCCUAGCAGACGCAGCCAGGCCCAGGGGAAUCGCCUGGCGUCCAGCCAUGGCCCUGCUUGUCCAGAGGUCCUGGUGGGGAUUCCAGAGGGGAGUGCAGCUGGCCACCGUGUGGGUCCUGACGUUGGAGGGGAGGGGGUUUCCUUCUGGCUGUCCCGGCUUCUAUGUUGCCUUCUGUGGUCCCUAGAGGGGCUUGCGGGGGCGGACAUGCAGUUGCUGAAUUAGAGGCUCAUCCUAGAGAUUUGUCAGGGGAGAUCAACAAAAUCAAGCACUUCUCAAUCUCAGACUGAUGAGCUGUUACUGAGAGCGACUGCUUGUUGAGUUGGGAGCAGUGACGUGUUUGGAGAGGCCCCGGGCCUGCUGGGCGCCACACAAGUGCUUUUUCUAACAGCCUGAUGGAGAUGCAGUCCACAUACCGCACAGUUUAGCCACUUAAAGUGUGCAAGUGUGUAGUUUAGUGUAUCACAGAGUCGUGCAACUGUCACCAGGGCCAAUUUUAAAACAUUCCAUCAACACAAGAAGAAGCCCCGUCUCUCUCAGUGUCACUCUCCCUCUCCCAGCCCCCAUGAGCCCCCUUCCCGUCCAUGGAUGAGCCUCUUCUGGACGUGCCACCCACGUGGAUUCACACCCCGUGUGGCCUUCUGUGUCUGGUUCUGUCCCUGAGCGUCGUGGGCUCGGGGUCCGUCCCCGGGGCUGUGCGUGUGGGCGCCUCCCUCCUGUUCGCAGCCAAGGGAUGUUUGUUCGCUCACCACCUGAUGGCCGAGUGACACUCCCGUGCGUGAGGGACACGCUGUGUGUAUCUGUCCCCCCACUGGUGGACACUUGGGCUCUUUUCACCUCUUGCUCUCGAUGAGCCGCUGCUCUGAACACCAGGGUAUAGUUUUGCAUGAACACGUUCGUUCUCUCGGGUAGAUGGGAGUGGGGGGUUGCUGAUCAGUACAAAGUGGCUGCAGCAGUUGGCGUUCCUGGGCCUGUGCUACUCGUUUGUUGUGCAGUCUCCCUGUGGGUCGGCAUCGUUAGUCUCCUAGAGAGCCCCAGUGGGAAGAAGUUCCGGAGCAAACCCCAGCUGGCACGGUACCUGGGGGGUUCCAUGGACCUGAGCACCUUUGACUUCCGGACGGGCAAGAUGCUGAUGAGCAAGAUGAACAAGAGCCGGCAGAGGGUCCGCUAUGACUCGUCCAACCAGGUCAAGGGCAAGCCCGACCUGAACACGGCCCUCCCCGUCAGGCAGACGGCAUCCAUCUUCAAGCAGCCAGUGACCAAGAUCACCAACCACCCCAGCAACAAGGUGAAGAGUGACCCCCAGAAGGCCGUGGAGCAACCUCGGCAGCUUUUCUGGGAGAAGAAGCUGAGUGGCCUCAAUGCCUUUGACAUCGCCGAGGAGCUCGUGAAGACCAUGGACCUGCCCAAAGGCCUGCAAGGCGUGGGGCCUGGCUGCACAGAUGAGACCCUGUUGUCGGCCAUCGCCAGCGCCCUGCACACCAGCACCAUGCCCAUCACCGGGCAGCUCUCGGCCGCCGUGGAGAAGAAUCCUGGGGUGUGGCUCAACACAGCCCAGCCCCUCUGCAAGGCCUUCAUGGUGACCGAUGAGGACAUCAGGAGGCAGGAGGAGCUGGUGCAGCAGGUGCGCAAGCGGCUGGAGGAGGCGCUGAUGGCCGACAUGCUGGCCCACGUCGAGGAGCUGGCCCGGGACGGCGAGGCGCCGCUGGACAAGCCCAGCGCCGACGGGGACGAGGCUGGGGACGAGGACGGGGACGAGGACGAGCCGGACCAGGGGGCGGAGCACGUCUAGAAGCAGGUGCCGGCCUGCCGGCUGGGUCCCAGGCCACCUGGCGCUCGGACGGCGACCGUGGGGACGAGGGCCGCUCCCGUCAGGGCGCUGAUGGCGCUCUCUCCCUGUCUUUCCAGAGGCCGCGUGGAGCCCUGCCGCGGGGAGCCCCCCGCGGACUCUGCCGUCUCCACGCUCGGACCACGCUCUGUGGCCCGGCCCCGGACGAUGGCUGCCCCUCCUGGGCCCUCCCAGGCGUGUCCCCUCCCCUGGGCCCACGGGGGCACGGCUGGAGGGCAGCCCCUGCCCGACGGGCCCCCCGCGUGGGCUCUUCUCUGAAGGGCCUGGGUCCGGAAGUGUCGUCCGCCGGCCCCCGGGCCCGCCUGCAGGAGGCCCCCCUCGGCGCCUUCUGUCCACCUGGACUUGGGGCUGGCCUCGCCCCCACGGCCGCAUCACACAGGACGGCCGCCACCGGGGGCCCGCGAGGGUCCCCAGGGGGCUGGAGAAGCAGUUUUCGGAACAGUCCCGCCUCCUGAUCCCCGCGUGUGAGGGACGCCGUUCCGGGGUCCGCACAUCAGCCCUCCAAGGAGGGGGGGUGCCCACCGGCGGGCGAAGCCGCCACGGCUCGGAGCUCAUCUGGAGGCAAACGGCGCAACCCAGACGUUGUCCUUCAAUAAAUCCGUGACACAAACGAGGCUGGACGUCCACAUAACUGCUUAGCCUUUGUGUUUGCUGCACGUGGAUGCGGACUCUAGCCUUUGUGUUGGGAAACCUCACUGUCCACAGCGCAGCCGACCCGGCCUGAGGGUCAGCCAGCCACCGGCGAUGGCGAACUGCUUGCGGCCGACUCGCCAGGCCGGGGCUCCAAGGCAGCUGGGCCGUCGACUGGCCUCCCUUCCCCUCCCUGUGUAGCGGGGACGGGGGUGCCCAGCACUCAGGGCCAGAGCUGGUCCUGGGCCGCGGCUCCUCCGAGGUCCCAUCCUGGGGUGCGUUCUGUGGCCCGGCGUUUCCAAGCACCUGGUGCCCAGAGCAGCGGCAUCUGGGCAGCUCCGGGCGCAGGGGGCGUCGGAAUCGUCCUUCAUCCUUGCCCCCUCCUAGCCUGAGUGCCUUGGGUGAGGGGCGCCCUCCUGUCCCUGCUCAGCCCCGGCCAGCAGCUGGAGACCGUCGGGAAGGACCUGGGUCGCUGCCUGUGUGGCUUUCACCCUGGCUGAUCCACAGGGUGGGGGCCAUGGCAGGAGCCACCCGCUCAUCCGAGGACGCUGGCCCAGCACGGCACAUUGGCAGCAUCCUUCUAGUCCAGUCAAAGCACAAAUCCUCCAGAACCACCCACGAAGGGUGUGGCCGGCGUGCUGUGGGGGCCGGGCCACCACAGGCCUCGGGAAGGCCUCUCCCCUAAGGCCACGCAUCGUCCUGCCCUUCAUGGAGGCUGUAGCCGCUGAAGGAGCUCCGUCUGGGGCUGGCCCCUGUGUGGGCCUGAGGUCCAGGUGCCCGGAGCCCUGCCCAGCGGAAGGGACUGCGGGGCCCGGGAGGCACCCUGUCCUGUGGGCGACCGUUGAAUAAAGCCAUCUCGGUGAGUGUGGUUUGGAA